GAAUGGCCAUAUGAUGACACAUCGCAAUAAGAAGCCAUACGAAUGCAAAGCCGAAGGCUGUGGUAAAUCAUACUGUGACGCACGUUCAUUGCGACGUCACACUGAGAAUCAUCAUUCGGGUAUUAUAACUCCACAAAAUCAAACACUCUCACCGAAUUCUGGUACACCGACCGGACUGAGCCUUUCGCCGGCAACAGCAAGCGGAGACGCCAGCUCCCCUGACGGUGCCACUUGCAUACGCACUUACAUCUCUUCAGGUGGUACUAUUGUUGAUGCUGCGACUGGUGUGGCGCUUACUGAAGAGCAAAUAAAAUCCAUCAAUUUACCCAUUAAAACUGGUGUAACGCUACUCUCGCCAACAUCCACGUCGUCUGCGUCGUCCAUGGGCGGCGUAUCUUUACCCGCCUCAUCGCCAACAAUUGCCCUCACUGAGACAAGUCUUGUAGAUGCUGGCGAAGGUCUCACUCGUGAACAAUUGGAUUUGAUAAGUAAGAUCAUGCAACAGACGAAGCAGACCAGCGCACAGGUGACGGUCUCAUCGCCAACCAGUGUCAAUUCGUACAAAGUAGAUACGAAUCUGUCUUCGACUGCACUAGAUGCGGCGAGUCCGCAACAUGCGGCUGCUGGAGCAUCAAAUCGUCCGCGUACAUGGAAUAUGCAAUUGUUAAAUACCACCCAAAAUGUAUCCAUCACGGUUGAUGAAACCAACUCCGACGCAACGUCCAGCACAGCAACUUCACCCAUCGAAGCCAAGGAGGAGGAAAUUAAUCAACAAUUUGUAGCCGCCAUCAAUCCGCACCUUUUAAACAUCGUCAAAAUGGACCAGAAGCCUGUUGAGUGCAAUUUGUGCCAUCGUAAAUUUAAGAACAUACCAGCACUUAACGGACACAUGCGGCUACAUGGCGGCUAUUUUAAAAAAGAUCCGGAAACUAAAAAGGCCGAGAAGAAAGAACAUAGCGGUCCACCGCUACAAACGGCCAGUAUUGGCGUGCGGGCGCUGAUUGAAGAGAAAAUCAUAAGCAAACGCAAAGAUAUGAACAAGGGUGCCUUCGUAGUUCCUGCACCACCCAGUAGUGUAUCCAGCACAUCCACAAUCCGACGAUCGAUUAGCGAUCUAGAAAGUUUCCUUAGUCCAAAAUCACACAACAAUAAUGGUGGUGGUAAUAUUGCCAACAGUAGCAGUGCCAAUUCUCCCAACCAGACCUCGACCACCGCCACCACCACCACCACAGCCACCAUGCUACCUGCUGCAUCAACAAUCAAGAAUUAUAAUGGUGGCUUGCAGCAAAUCGGUAUGACGCAGGGCAUAGAGAUUUUCAGUACAAAACAACAAAAGGCAAGCGGUAACGUUAGCCUUGGCUUGGGCGUAGGCUUUAGUGCGGCUCUGCAAACAACUAAUUCAACGAUGAAUCCGUCAACGACCAAAUCAACAGCAACGACAAAUACAACGACUACAAAAGGCACUUCGACCGAUCCAAAAGAUUCAACGCUCAUUGAGUUAUUAAAGCGCGGCACCCGUAUAGCCGUCACUGCCAAGAAGCCACUAAAUAGUACAAACGCAAUUACAAAUAUUGGAAGCAACAACAACGGCAGCGGCGGAUCACGGCAGAUAAUCACAAAUAAUAAUCGCACCGUGAUUAUCCCGUCCGAUGUGCAGGUCCUGCCCACCCGCAUAGCUAAGUCCAGUGCUAAUGCGUCACGAACUUCUACUCCCGGCUCUAUAGCUCUGGCCGACACGACGCCACUUUCGCUCACCAUUUCCCAAAGUGGAGACAGUAGUAUGGGAGGCGACGUAUACACAGUUACCUAUAGCAGCGAUACAUCUGGCUUUUUCGAUGAUGCCGAGGUCUACAACGUCGCUGAUACGGAUAUGCUGCUGCAGACAGUAGAUACAAUGCAGUUGCUCAACGAUGACUCACAACAGCUGAAAAGCGAACAUUCCGAACACUUUGGCGCUGUGACCGGUGUAAGCAUCGCGGGAGGCGAUCAAAUUGAUAACGGUGGCAAUUGCGCUCAGACCGAAUACUUAAAGUUAGAAGUCGACGGUGUUAAUGUAAAUGCCAUGUCCAACACUUUACCCACUUUCCAACAAUUCCAUUCCAAAGAGCUCAUCAUGCAGAAUAGUGCCCAGAUACAGGCUGUGACUAGUAUGCGAUCCAAUUCGCAUCAAUUGGGUACGAUGUCCUCACCGAUAAACUCUCCACUUGCAUAUCCCACGCCGCCCUCUAGUCACGAAAAUAUGACACAAUCUUCGCCAUACGUAGAGGAUGGACACCAGUAUUCGGAAGUGGCCAACGCUUUUUUUAAUGACAAAUGUAGCGCAGACUUUCUCGCACAGUCAGCCACUGAAGUGACCUUCUUCAAAGGCAGUGACAAUCAGCAUGAGCUUACCGAUACCGAGAAGAUACUAAAGCUAAAGACGGUGCUAGAAGAGAGUGCCUUUGAUGGAUCCAUUAAGGUCGAAGAUUUAUUAAAUGGUGCGCAAGAUGACGACGCCGAAUGUGAUUUACGCGAUUUUGCUGAUACAAAUCUGGCCUUCUUGGAUGAGGAUCAAGAGUUUCUGAAUGAUUCGCGAAAUGCAACUUCGCCACUUCCAGAAUCUUUCUUUACAGGCAGCAUUGGAACGGCGGACGAAGUCAAAGAAGUAUUACGCGAUGUGCUGCCUGACGAAAACAUAAAUCUCAAUUGUGAAGAGCAGUCCGGCGAAAACAUUAUUGAUCUGUACUAUCUGCCCGGUUUGGGUUUGCAAUCGCAGAUGAUGCCCAACUCAGACGAUCCAUUGUUGUCCUCCUCUCCAAGAGACUUUGGCCAACAAAGGGGCCAAGUUAUACAGCCGACACAGCACGUGCAAGUCCAACAGCAGCAGCAGCAACAACUGCCACAACAACAACAGCAGCAGCAACAACAACAUCCACAUCAGCAAUCGCUAACACAAUCACAGUCAAUGCAACAGACCACGCAGCAAUUACUGUACGCGCAGCAAAUAGAGCAGCAGAUGCAGCAACAGCAGCAACAGCAGCAGCAGCAGCAGCAAAUGUCUGCUGGUGAAAGCUACGUUGGCAAUCACUAUACAGUCGGCGAAGGUAACGCUUCGAAUACGACGCUUCAGUACAAUCUACAGAAUCUACCGCAAGUACAAAACCAACAACAGUUUGUUGAAGCCAACACGCCGAUCCAGCAUGUGUCCACGCUCGAUGGCAGCAUUUUGCACCAACAACUGGUAUUCACAGGCUCAACGGAUAAGCAGGAAAUACACAUAACAGGACAACAUGGCGAUAUCGGGCUUCUGUCAACCAACUGCACUCUCAAUACCGACACUAAUAUUUACUUCGCCAGCAACACUAAUAAUUCCAGCAAUUCUAUGUCAGUAUUGCAACAGGCCGGAAAUCAUGCAAACGUCAGCAAUAUAGCAUCAUCCUCAUCAGCUUGUCUGCCGCCUGUGGCAUCCACGGUUAUUUCUACGCUACAACCCCUCUCCAACCAAACCAAUUCCAUACUAAAGCGACGCCUGCGACCUCAUAAUUCCAAUGAUUCCAGUAGCUCGCAAAGUUUUGCUAAAUACCAUCCGUUGUCGCCGUAUCGCUCUAAACUGCGCAAACCUUCACGCACGCACUACACACCUGCGCCCAUACUCAACCCCGAUCGAAAAGGUGUCGGUCUUUAUUGCAGCGUGCGAAAGCAACUCAAUACAGGAAUGCUCGGUUUUGAUAGUUUUGACGAUGAUUUUGACGAUCCGGUUGGAUUAGUGGACUUUUCCGACGAAUCCAAAGUUAAUCUAGGCUCAGCUUAUCAAGCGCAAAUACCACCCUGCCGCGUGCGUAUACAAAGUGCGAGUAGCGAUGCCACAACCGACGGUGAAAUGUGCAAAGACACCUCCUGCUUUGCGGUCGAGGAGCCUGUGGGUGCAGAUCAAUUAUGGGAUCCCACCGUACAAAUGGACGAGAAGAUAUUGAUGCGCUACAUUGACCUGAGUAAGUCGUCAGCGGUGCCGUUGGGCAGCCACUCCGAAGAGGUUGCGCUACAAACAUUGCUCACAGCACGCGGUAACCUGGCAGCAGCGGUACUAACCCUCUUGCAAACACAAUCGAAUGCAUUCCAAAUGAAGUGGACCGCUACGGAAUUGGAGGUGUUCUUGAAGGGCUUGGAACGGCAUGGCAAAGACUUUGGGCGCAUCGCGCAAGAGUUGGGUUCGAAGUCAACUGGUGAAUGUGUGCAAAUGUACUACUUUUGGAAAAAGCUAUGCGUCGACUAUAAAGUGACGCACCUGAAAACUGAAACGCCACCGCCGCCACCGGCAAAUGAUCCCAAGCCGUAUGUGUGUGAAGUGCCUGAUUGUUCGGCCAGCUUUACCUCAAAAGCUGCCCUGCAUGGCCAUACACGCAUACAUACGUACGGCAGAAACGCCAACAGCCAUAAUAACAACAACAAUAAUAACAACCAUCAUAAUCAUAACAGCAACAAUGCCACAGGCAACACAACUAAUACAAACGGUGCCACAAUAGGCGGCUCGACAACAACCCUCGCUCAACAGAGCAACAUCUCAGCAUCACAAUCGCAAACUCAAAAUGCCAAUGCGAUCGGAGCGUCGGUUAAAGACGGUAGUCAAAGCGGUGCGGGCAAUACCGCGAUUAGCGUCAACAAGGACACCGAUUUUCCCUGCAAGGUGUGCGGCAAAGUUUUUAAUAAAGUGAAGAGCAGAAGCGCCCAUAUGAAAACACAUCGUGUGCAAGAACAGCAACAGCAACAACUGCAACAACAGCAACAACUGCAACAACAGCAACAACAGCAACAGCAGCAGCAGCAACAACAACAACAACAACAUCAACAGCAGCAGCAAUCAGUUGUGGAUUUAACAUCCGCUGCAUCUAACGAUGCAGUUGUUCUCAAUGCUCACAGCCAAAAUCUAACUACAAAUAAAAGUCAGCAGCAUCAGCAGCAGCCGCCGAUUGAGCAAAUAUCCUGAACUUAGACACCCUUUCCCAGUAGUGACCACCACCCUGAUUGAUUACCUUCGAGACCACCAAAACCUAACGCAACACCCAGUUACGUACAGACCCAUUUAGUCACCAAGUGACAAAAACAAUGAAAUUCUCCACAGAUCCAAAAGUAAUCACUAGGAACAAAUCGUGAGAUUGCAACCAUGCAAUACGUUGUAUGUAAGUAAAAUGUAAGCAAAUUGUUAGUAAAUGCAUGUACAUACAUACAUAAGUAAAUGACAAGUAAAAAUCCAUUUGAAAUUUGAAACUGACAAUCGAAGUGUUAUUGAAAUGUAACCUUAAAGUUAAUUACAAUUAAAAUUAAGUUCAACGCUUAAUAAUAUUCAAAAUUAUUAAA